UUUUCCAACUAGUCCUCUCAAUCUAUUAUAUAUAAACCCUAUUCAUUGCUCUGAAUGAGUCAUCACAAAAUGGGUGCACUUGAUUACCUCUCCAACUUUUGUACUGUAACCACCACUAGGACCAAGCACAAACCAAUGCAGACUGUUGAGAUCAAAGUCAGAAUGGACUGCGAUGGUUGCGAAAGAAGAGUUCGAAAUGCAGUCACUUCACUAAAAGGAGUGAAAUCUGUGGAAGUGAACAGAAAGCAGAGCAGGGUGGUGGUGAGUGGAUACGUGGAUCCAAACAAGGUGUUGAAGAGGGUAAAGAGCACAGGGAAGGUGAGAGCAAAGUUUUGGCCAUAUGUGGAACAGCAUCUUGUGUACUAUCCAUAUGCCACAGGAGCAUAUGAUCGAAGAGCACCCUCUGGAUAUGUCAGAAACGUUGUGCAGGCUUUUCCAGAUCCUCCCCAAGACAACUUUCUCUCCUUCUUCAGUGACGACAACGUUCAUGCAUGUUCCAUCAUGUAAUCAUCUCCGUCAUAUCAAAUAAACCAAUAACCUUCUACUCUUCU